AUGUCUCAAAUGGAAGAAACAAUUUAUGUUCGUGAAGGUCAAGUUCAUGCCAAACUCGAAGAAGCAUAUGCUUACAAAGAACCUUAUACAACGAUAUUCGCUGGCCUUGAAUUUAUAGUCCAUCCAAAUGUAUACAAUCCAGAAGUUUUUCCAUCGUCUCAUUUGAUGGUUAACAGAUGGCUGCGUCUGAUACGUGCAGUUAAACCGAAUUCAUUGCUUGAAAUUGGUGCAGGUGCUGGUUAUCUUUCAAUUCUAGCUGCAUUAAAUGGUGCAAAUACAGUCACUGCAACGGAUAUCACAUCACAAGCAAUAGCGAAUAUGCAGGCCAAUAUUGAUAGGUACAAUUUAGGCGAUCGAAUACGAACAUUGUAUGGUAGCAUAUUCGAACCAUUACAUAAAAAUGAUCGAUUCGAUAUUAUUUUUUGGAACACACCAUUCAAUCACAUCAAUAAACCACUGAACGAACUCAACGAACUUGAACGUACAUUAUUUGAUCCUGGUUAUAUACUUACAGAAAUUUAUAUAAGAGAAGCACACAAACACUUAACCAAGAAUGGUCGUCUGUUUCUGGAAACUUCAAAGAAAUUAGGUAAUUUUGCUCGAUUAACGGAGCUGGCUAGUAAAUAUGGUUGGCUCUUGAAACUCUUCGAUGAUCCUGAAUGUGCUAAAGAAAAAUCAUACGGCAUCUAUGACGACAUCGACUUCGGCACUUACGAACUUAUCAAAGUCGAAUAG